CUCCCUGCCUUCCCCGUUCCUGCCUCCCACAGCCUCAGCCUGGUUUUUAAUUUGACUUCUUUUGGCGCCACUCUGUGGCAGAACUGUGUUACUGCUUGCUGCCCAAGCUCGAGGGCUGCUAUUGGGGCCGGGAACUAAACCUCCAGAGUGGAGUGGCUUGGAGACCCUUUAGAGGCUUUCCCAGUGUUCAAGAAAUACGAUCGGAAUGGAACAAAGUGCUGCCUGGUCCUACACCCGCCAUGCGAUUGGCUGGAGCCUGGACCAUCGUGACCCACAGGGGUUUUGUUGGCUGAUUUUUGGAAGUAGAUCACUGGGCCUUUCCUCCCAGUCCGUCUUCAUCUGAAAGUUGUCCUGAAACCUGUUCAGCAUCCCAGCAACACACAAGCCUCCACUGGCAGAGGAAUGCUGGCUGCCUAUGAGGUGCAGUGGCUGGGAAUCGAACCUGGAUCUCCCAUUAGAAUUCUACCACUGAACCACCAAUGCCUCAACGAACAAGCUAGACAGAUGCCAAUAUGCGAAUUACGAAGUAAAGGCUUUAGCAGGUUAAAUGUCUCCAUCGAAUGUAAGCGAGUGUCUGGACUGGAGCCAGCCACUGUGGAUUGGGCCUUUGACCUCACCAAAACCAACAUGCAGUCCAUGUAUGAGCAGAGUGAGUGGGGCUGGAAGGACCGAGAGAAGCGGGAGGAAAUGACGGAUGACCGAGCCUGGUACCUCAUUGCUUGGGAAGACCAUUCCAUCCCUGUUGCCUUCUCUCACUUCCGGUUUGACGUGGAGUGCGGGGAUGAAGUCCUGUACUGCUACGAGGUGCAGUUGGAAAGCAAGGUGCGGCGGAAAGGCCUGGGGAAGUUCCUCCUGCAGAUCUUGCAGCUUGUGGCCAACAGCACACAGAUGAAGAAAGUUAUGUUAACAGUAUUUAAACAUAAUCAUGGCGCCUACCAGUUCUUCAGAGAAGCGCUGCAAUUUGAAAUCGACGACUCUUCCCCUAGCAUGUCUGGCUGCUGCGGGGAGGACUGCUCCUAUGAGAUCCUGAGCCGCAGGACCAAGUUUGGGGACAGCCAGCACUCUCACGCGGGUGGGCACUGUGGUGGCUGCUGUCACUGA